AGCCAGGGGGCGUAUAAAAGAGCAUGCCGCCGGCAUUGUCCCGUGUUAGUUGGGUUACUUCAUCGCUCGAGGAGGCCUUUUGCUCGAUCCGUUCUGAAACCGUUUCCCGUUUGCUUCCAGGAUGAAGAUGUUUCUGGCACUGGUGGCGCUGAGUGUGCUGUCGGCCGUGGUGCUGGCCGCUCCGCUGGAUGACUCCCGAAACGCUGAGAUCUUGCGGUACAGCAGCGAAAACAUUGGCAUCGACGGAUAUCGCUUCGAGUUCGAAACGAGCGACGGCACGAGCCGGAAAGAGGAGGCCGAACUGCGCAACGCCGGCACGGACAGUGAGGCGAUAGUGGUCCGCGGUUCCUACUCGUACACCGGCCCCGAUGGCACCGUGUACGUGAUCAACUACGUGGCGGACGAGAACGGUUUCCAGCCGGAAGGAGCCCACAUUCCGAAGUGAUUCCGGUGCGAUUCAGGUCUGCAACAGAGGGUCCCGUGUAGCUACCGCAAAAACCAAACCGAAGCCUGGAUUAGGGAUCACCUUUGCUAUUUGCCCCGAGUUCGGAGCGACAAAAUAAAAGACUCCCCUGAAAAACC